AGAGGAAGACUAAAUUUAGGGGCUUUAAGAGAACGGUGGUGGUGAUUAUGUCCUCCACCUCUCUUCCGCCGUCGCCGCAAUGUAUCGGCGUGCGGUGGCCGGAAUUCAACGAUGGCUUGACCUACAAAGACGGCGUCUCACCCUCCGACUCCGAGGCGACGGUGUUGGAGUUCUACUCCACUAAGUACAGGAACUCAGCACCAUUGCAAGGUUGGAUUCAACGAAUACAAAAUGGACAGAUAAAGAUCGAUGGAGAAGUUGUAAGAGAUCCAAAUGCGAUUCUUAGGUUCGGUUCAAAGCUAGUGUAUCAUAGGCUUCCUUGGAGAGAGCCUGAUACACCAUACUCACUAGAGAUUUUGUAUGAAGAUGAUGAUUUGAUUGCUUUUAACAAGCCCUCUGGUCUCCAAGUAUUGCCUGGAGGGCUUUUUCAGCAGCGGACUGUGUUAACACAACUUCAAUGGUGUUUCGAUGGGAAGAAUAUUUCAAUGGGAAGGCGAGAAUCACACCCUGUCCCUGUCCAUCGGCUUGGUAGGGGAACAUCAGGUGUGCUUCUAUGUGCAAAGACAAAGCUUGCAAAGACUAAACUUGCAGCUUAUUUUGCUGAGGGAACAUCGCUUGUUGAUGCAGACAGCAACGUGGAUCAAGAGCUUGGGACAGGAAGAAAAAUAUUAAAGAUAUACCGAGCACUAGCAGAUGGUGUAAUUGAAGAAGACAAGGUAAUUGUAAGACAACCGAUUGGAAUUGUUCAAUAUCCUGGUGUGGCGAGAGGGCUUUAUGUUGCUUCCCCAACAGGCAGACCUGCUUUCAGCAAAGUUGAUGUUCUUGAGAGAGACAGAGAAAGAAACUGCACGCUGGUUCAGGUGGAGAUACAAUCUGGAAGACCACAUCAAAUCCGGAUCCAUCUUGCUUAUAUUGGACAUCCAUUAGUAGGGGAUCCUCUUUACAUUGCGGGAGGACAACCCAAAUGCUUCGGUUCUGAUGUUAUGGAUGGUACUUUUGCUGAAGACGGAGGGUAUGAAAGGCCAACUCAGGCUGUACCUGGAGAUUGUGGAUAUCAUCUGCAUGCUCAUCAAGUGGAGCUUUCUCACCUGAUGACCAGUAAUAAGAUUCUCAAAAUCUGUGCACCAUUGCCGCAAAUCCUCCAAACACAAGCAGAAGCAGAGGAAAAGCUCAUCAGAUCAUCAAGUGAAGUUGAAGACUUUUGAGUACUCACAGGACAAAAGUUUUGCAAUGUGUGAUUUUCAGUUAUAAUUACUCUGUAUUCUACAGUACUAUGUUUUUGGAACUCAAACUCACAAUACAAAAUUUAGCUGUAUUUUUUUUCGGCA